AGCGAGCGCACGGCAGUGCCAACCAUGGUCAGCGCUUUGAGAGAACACUGUGGAAUCAACCGGGAGGGACAACAUCAAAACAUGGAAUGCGACCCAGCAAUAUUGUAUCUUUCCUGUCUGCCUGAAGUUAUUUUUCUCCUCGAGCACUGAAGAAGAGGAGGAGGGUUGUCGUUUACGAAUUGGAUUCCAGAGCACCCUCUCUCAUCCUCUCUUCCUCUAUCUCUCUCUCUUUCUCUCUGUCUUUCUUCGGGUCUCCCUAUCUUCGCAUUGAAAAGUCACAGAGUGGAAAGGAUAUUUUGGUUUAUUGGAAUUAUAGUUGUUCUGAAAAUAAUUUUCUGGGAACAUCGUAUUGGAUGAGAACCUGUGAGCAUCAUGAGUACCAGUGCCUAUCAGCAGGCCUCUUUGGGCGGUGAGCGGAGCACUGGACCAAUCCGGUGCCAGCGUUGUCGGGAGGCGUGUAAGGGAGAGGUGGUGCGCGUUCAGGACACACACUUCCAUGUCAAGUGUUUCACCUGCACAGUGUGUGGGUGUGACCUGGCUAGAUCUGGGUUCUAUCAGAAGAGUGGUGAGUACAUCUGUACGUCAGACUACCAGCGUCUGUAUGGGACGCGCUGUGACCGCUGUGACGGAUUCAUCACCGGGGAGGUGGUCUCUGCUCUGGGGAGGACCUACCACCCUACCUGCUUCGUCUGCAGUGUCUGCAGGAAGCCGUUCCCUAUCGGAGACAGAGUGACGUUCAGUGGGAAGGAUUGUGUGUGUCAGCAGUGUUCUCACACACUUGUCACCUCCAACGAACCAAUCAAGAUCCAUGGACCCAGCCACUGUUCCGGGUGUGGAGAGGAUAUAAAACAGGGACAGUCUCUGCUGGCGUUGGAGAAACAGUGGCAUGUCAGCUGCUUCAAGUGUCAAACCUGCAACAUGGUCCUCACUGGGGAAUACAUCAGCAAGGACAAUGUGCCGUACUGUGAGUCUGAUUACCACGCCCAGUUUGGGAUUAAGUGUGAGACGUGCAGCAGAUACAUCAGUGGACGGGUACUGGAGGCAGGGGGGAAACACUAUCACCCUACCUGUGCACGCUGUGCCCGCUGUCACAUGAUGUUCACAGAGGGAGAAGAAAUGUACCUGCAUGGUGGUGAGGUGUGGCACCCUUUGUGUAAGCAAGCAUCCAGAGCAGAGAGGAGAAUCAGGCACAGACGUCUGUCAGAGACCUCCAUCUCCCCACCGGGCUCGUCAAUUGGCUCUCCCAGUCGUGUCAUCUGUUCACUUGGGACUCUCUGUUCUCAGAAGCUGUAUGACAGUGUAGACUUGAGACAGAGACAGUGUUCCAGCCCCGACUACAUGGACUCUCCCUUCUUCAGCCGUCAAGCCAUGUCUCCCAUCACGCCUUGCUCACCGCAGCACUAUGGACACCCCGUGCUGGCUGCAGGCUCUGAGAGUGGCAGGAGCUCGCCCUAUUACGGCUCGCUGGAGGGACGGCCUAGUUCUUCUACCACAUACCACGCCCCCAAGCAUUUCCAUGUACCAGCCUCAGGCGAACCCAACAUCUACCACAAACCUCCCAUCUAUAAGAGAACGGCCACCAAAAGCAGGACCAGCGAAGAUCUAAUCACAUCCUCCAGACUGUCUACCUACUCUCCAGAACCCUACACACAGUCAGAGUCUGACUCCUACCCCUAUCCCAGAUCCCCUAAAGUUCUCUGUACUCCUAGAAGAAGGUACUCUACAGGAGGAGAUGAAGAGAGCUGGAGUCACAGCAGUCUUCAAAGAAUUCAGAGUGGUAUAGGGAGGAUGAUCCUAAAGGAGGAGAUGAAAGCUAGAUCUGGUUGCUAUGACAACGACCCUUGGGGUAGCACUCGGAACUCCCGCAGCGGCAGCAAGGAGACUCUCACCACUGCCAGCUACAACAGUACUGUUAAUGGCUCUCCUCGAUCCAAUUACAGCCUAGACAAUGAUUCGUACAAAUCAGCCUCUCUACCAGGAUACAGGCGGAACAGUGUCAACAGGCCCCAGAGUGCAGCCGCAGACUACUACCAACAGUAUGACAGCAGCAGUGAAGUCAACUGGGGAACCAGAGAAUACAAGGUUUACCCGUAUGAAGCGCUGAUCGUGACCACCAGGGGGCGACACAGAGUGCCUAAAGAUGUGGACAGAGCCAGACUAGAGCGUCAUCUGAGUCCCGAGGAGUUCCUACAGGUGUUUGGGAUGACCGUGGCAGAGUUUGACCGGCUGGCUCUCUGGAAGAGGAAUGAAAUGAAGAAACAGGCCCGACUCUUCUAACCAUGGAGAGAGAGAGACAAUUAGAGGAAAUUGAGAAGGAGAAACUGUUCUAAUUAAAGAAAGAUAGACUGUUAAUGACAAUAGAGAUAGAGACAGACUGUUAAUGACAACAGAGAUAGAUAGAGAGAGACAGACUGUUAAUGACAACAGAGAUAGAUAGAGAGAGACAGACUGUUAAUGACAACAGAGAUAGAUAGAGAGAGACAGACUGUUAAUGACAACAGAGAUAGAUAGAGAGAGACAGACUGUUAAUGAAAACAGAGAUAGAUAGAGAGAGACAGACUGUUAAUGAAAACAGAGAUAGAUAGAGAGAGACAGACUGUUAAUGACAACAGAGAUAGAUAGAGAGAGACAGACUGUUAAUGACAACAGAGAUAGAUAGAGAGAGACAGACUGUUAAUGACAACAGAGAUAGAUAGAGAGAGACAGACUGUUAAUGAAAACAGAGAUAGAUAGAGAGAGACAGACUGUUAAUGACAACAGAGAUAGAUAGAGAGAGAGACAGACUGUUAAUGACAACAGAGAUAGAUAGAGAGAGAGAGACAGACUGUUAAUGACAACAGAGAUAGAUAGAGAGAGACAGACUGUUAAUGACAACAGAGAUAGAUAGAGAGAGACAGAAUGUUAAUGACAACAGAGAUAGAUAGAGAGAGACAGACUGUUAAUGAAAACAGAGAUAGAUAGAGAGAGACAGACUGUUAAUGACAACAGAGAUAGAUAGAGAGAGACAGACUAUUAAUGACAACAGAGAUAGAUAGAGAGAGACAGACUGUUAAUGAAAACAGAGAUAGAUAGAGAGAGACAGACUGUUAAUGACAACAGAGAUAGAUAGAGAGAGACAGACUGUUAAUGAAAACAGAGAUAGAUAGAGAGAGACAGACUGUUAAUGAAAACAGAGAUAGAUAGAGAGAGACAGACUGUUAAUGAAAACAGAGAUAGAUAGAGAGAGACAGACUGUUAAUGACAACAGAGAUAGAUAGAGAGAGACAGACUGUUAAUGACAACAGAGAUAGAUAGAGAGAGACAGACUGUUAAUGAAAACAGAGAUAGAUAGAGAGAGACAGACUGUUAAUGACAACAGAGAUAGAUAGAGAGAGAGACAGACUGUUAAUGACAACAGAGAUAGAUAGAGAGAGAGACAGACUGUUAAUGACAACAGAGAUAGAUAGAGAGAGACAGACUGUUAAUGACAGCAGAGAUAGAUAGAGAGAGACAGACUGUUAAUGAAAACAGAGAUAGAUAGAGAGAGACAGACUGUUAAUGAAAACAGAGAUAGAUAGAGAGAGACAGACUGUUAAUGACAACAGAGAUAGAUAGAGAGAGACAGACUAUUAAUGAAAACAGAGAUAGAUAGAGAGAGACAGACUGUUAAUGACAACAGAGAUAGAUAGAGAGAGACAGACUGUUAAUGACAACAGAGAUAGAUAGAGAGAGACAGACUGUUAAUGACAACAGAGAUAGAUAGAGAGAGACAGACUGUUAAUGACAACAGAGAUAGAUAGAGAGAGACAGACUGUUAAUGACAACAGAGAUAGAUAGAGAGAGACAGACUGUUAAUGACAACAGAGAUAGAUAGAGAGAGAGACAGACUGUUAAUGACAACAGAGAUAGAUAGAGAGAGACAGAUAGAUAGAGAGAGACAGACUGUUAAUGACAACAGAGAUAGAUAGAGAGAGACAGACUGUUAAUGACAACAGAGAUAGAUAGAGAGAGACAGACUAUUAAUGAAAACAGAGAUAGAUAGAGAGAGACAGACUAUUAAUGAAAACAGAGAUAGAUAGAGAGAGACAGACUGUUAAUGACAACAGAGAUAGAUAGAGAGAGACAGACUGUUAAUGAAAACAGAGAUAGAUAGAGAGAGACAGACUGUUAAUGACAACAGAGAUAGAUAGAGAGAGACAGACUAUUAAUGACAACAGAGAUAGAUAGAGAGAGACAGACUGUUAAUGAAAACAGAGAUAGAUAGAGAGAGACAGACUGUUAAUGAAAACAGAGAUAGAUAGAGAGAGACAGACUGUUAAUGAAAACAGAGAUAGAUAGAGAGAGACAGACUGUUAAUGACAACAGAGAUAGAUAGAGAGAGACAGACUGUUAAUGACAACAGAGAUAGAUAGAGAGACAGACUGUUAAU